AUGUCUCGAUUUUUCCGCGGCGGAGACGACAGCUCCACCGACUCGUCUUCCGACGAGGAGGAGCUUUACUCCGAGGAGGAGGAGGAGGAGGAGCAGCAAGAUCAGGAGGACUCUGAUGAGGAGGAGGAGGAGGAUGACGACUCCGACUCUGAUUCCGACGACAGUGAAGGUGGAAAGAAGGCCGGUGCCUCGCGUUUCCUUCGCGAUGCUUCCUCAGACAGCGAAGACAGCGAAGACGAGGAGCGGGUAAAGGUCAAGAGUGCCAAGGAUAAGCGCAUCGAGGAGCUCGAGGCCACCAUCAAGCUUAUUGAGAACGGCCAAAAGAUUGGUGACUGGGCUUCUAUUUCCACAGAAUUCGACAAGCUCAACCGCCAGGUCACAAAACUCCAAGAUGAUGGCAAGACCCCCAAGGUCUACAUUAAGGCUGUUGUCGAGCUCGAGGAGUACAUGAACGAGGCCAUUGCCAAGCAGAAGGUCACUCCCAAGAACAGCAAGAGGCAGAUGAACGCCACGUCUGCCCGUGGAUUGAACGCCGUCAAGCAAAAGUUGAAGAAGGUCGUCAAGGACUACCAAGCCCAGGUCGAUGCCUACAAGGCCAACAACGAUGCCUUCAUGGAGUCCGAGGAGGAAGAGGAGAAGCCCGCGCCCAAGCCCAAGAAGACUGCCCGCUUCGUCGACACCACCGAGGAGGCUGCCGAGGGCGACGACGACGAGGGCUUCGCCACCGUUGGAAAGGGCGGCCGCACUCUGCAGUUCACCCCCGAGAGCAUCUUCAAGCACCUGAGAAGCAUCAUGGAGACUCGCGGUAAGAAGAACACCGACAAGCAGGAGCAGAUCAAGAUCAUGGAGAAGCUCAACGAGAUCGCCAACACACCCUACCAGAAGAUCCGCGUUCUUCUCACCCUGGUCUCUACUCGCUUCGAUCUCGGUUCCGGCGGUGCCUCCUAUAUGCCCGUCGAGCACUGGAAGGCUGCUGAGAAGGAGCUCAACUCUCUCCUCGAGGUCCUCGAGCAGAACAAGGACUACAUCGUUGUUGAGAACGCCGAGGAGUGGGAUGACGACGAGAAGCCCCCCGCGUUGGAGAAGGGCCAGAAGUACGUCAAGGUUCCUGGAAGCAUCGUUUCCUACGUUGAGCGCCUCGACGACGAGCUCACUCGUUCCCUCCAAAAUAUCGAUCCCCACACCUCCGAGUAUAUCGACCGCCUUACCGAUGAGGGCGCCCUCUACAACACCAUUUUCCGCGGCAUGCUCUACUACGAGUACCUCCGCAAGGAUGCCGAGCUCGAGAUUCCCCAGGAGAGCAUCAACCGUGUUGUCACUCGCCGCCUCGAGCACGUCUACUUCAAGCCCGCUCAGGUUGUCAAGAUCCUCGAGGACAACUGCUGGAAGAACGUCCCCUCUACCGUCGAGUCCGUCAUCACCCCCCGCGACGAGGCCCAGGACGCCAACAACCUCGUCAACGUCCUCUGCAACUACCUCUUCACCAACGCCGAGGGCAUUCUCCGCGCUCGUGCUAUGCUGUGCCAAGUUUACUUCCUUGCCCUGCACGACGAGUACUACAAGGCUCGUGACAUGAUGCUCAUGUCUCACUUGCAAGAGAACAUCCCCAACUUCGACGUCCUCUCUCAAAUCCUCUACAACCGUACCCUUGUCCAGGUCGGUCUCUGUGCUUUCCGCCAGGGUCUCGUCUACGACGCCCAGAACACACUGCAGGAGAUCUGCGGCAGUGGUCGCCAGAAAGAGUUGCUCGCUCAGGGUGUCAUGAUCCAGAGAUACAGCCAGGUUUCACCCGAGCAGGAGAAGCUCGAGAAGCAGCGCCAGCUCCCCUUCCACAUGCACAUUAACCUCGAGCUUCUCGAGUGCGUGUACCUUACCUGCAGCAUGCUCCUGGAGAUUCCCCUCCUGGCGCAGACUGGCUCCUCCCCCGACGUCAAGAAGCGUGUUAUUAGCAAGACCUACCGCCGCAUGCUCGAGUACCACGAGCGCCAGAUCUUCACUGGCCCUCCCGAGAACACGAGAGAUCACGUUAUGCAGGCUUCCAAGGCCUUGGCUGCUGGCGAGUGGAAGAAGUCCACCACCUUUAUCCACAGCAUCAAGAUUUGGGAUCUCAUGCCCAACACCGAGGACAUCAAGACCAUGCUCUCCAAGCAGAUCCAGGAGGAGGGUCUGCGGACAUACCUCUUCACCUACGCUCCCUUCUACGACACCCUGGCCGUGGAGACUCUGAGCAACAUGUUCGAGCUGGACGCCAGCAAGGUCCUCGCGAUUGUCAGCAAGAUGAUCAGCCACGAGGAGCUCGCCGCCUCCCUCGACCAGGUCACAUCGACCGUCAUCUUCCGCAAGGGCGUCGAGCUCAGCCGUCUGCAGAGCCUGGCCCUCACCCUCUCAGACAAGGCCAGCGCGCUCAUCGAGACCAACGAGCGGACACUGGAGCAGCGCACCCAGGGCUCUGCCAACGCGUUCGAGAGACAGGGCGGCCGCGGCGGCCGUGGCGGACGCGGUGGUGCGAGGGGCGGCAACAGAGGAGGCGCGAGAACGGGCGGCAACCCCCAACGGCAGGCCGGCGGUACUCAGUUCACGGGCGGCGCGUUGGGUGCUGCGGUCCGGGGUUGA